GUCCAAAAAUUAACGUCCGUUUAUUGUUUGCUGAUGACGUACAAUGGCGGCUACCGUGUUGCGCGAGUGUGUGUGUAUAUUUGUUUUUGUUUCGUCUUCUACUGCCUGCGUGUAGCUUUGUUUAACAAAUAUCAUAUCGUCUUGGAUAUUGGACUCUCAUUCUGUCGCUCCUCUCUCGGUGUCACACGUUCAGCUGUACGAUAUUGGAUCGCCUCAACUUGCCGCUUCAGAUCCAGAAUUCAUUGCGCAUGCUUCAUCGGUUCGCUGCGGUUGCGUUAGGCUGUUAUUGCGAAGGGUUGCGAUUGCGCGAUCAGACGCACCCGAACGCUGUUGCGUGUCAGAUGGGCAACAAGUAGCAAGUGACAAAGUACAUACCUGUGACCAUUCGUUCGUGGCUGGAGUUUCGUGCGUGGAUUUAGAUUAGAUCAAUCGUAUACACGGUCACACAAAUACAAGCCCCCCCUCAUUGCCGUGCGAUGGAAAGUAAGGAGCAAACAGACGACGAAGUGCUGAAGGGAAUGCUGAGCCGGCGUUUUCACUAUGCUAAAGCUCACCGGACCAGUACUUAUCAUCACACGUUUCGAACGAAAACACGAUGGGAGCUGGUACGGCUGUCGCUGCUAAUCGUCGGCAUCGAGUGUACGUACGCGACCGAGACGGCGUUCGUUGCGCCAAUCCUGCUAGCGAUCGGACUGCCCCACACGCUGAUGACGAUGAUGUGGGCAAUGCCACCGAUCGUUGGCGUACUGUUUGUGCCGGUUGUAGCGUCCGUCAGUGACCGGCUACGGUUUGCUUGGGGCCGACGCCGGCCCGUCCUGCUCAUCCUUGGCAUUGCGAUGCUGCUCGGCAUGAUGCUACUGCCGCAUGGGCGGCUGAUUGGGGAAACGAUCGGACUGCGCAGUGUAGCGUGGAUUGCCACCAUCACCACCGUCGGGCUGACGACGACCGAUUUCUCGGCGGAAGCAUCCAACGGGCUGUGUCGGACGUACGCGAUGGAGGUGUGCACGAUACAGGAUCAGACGCGUGUCCUCAGCACGAUGAUGCUGAUCGGUGGUUUGGGCGGAAUGCUUGGAUAUCUGUUCGGUGCAAUAGACUGGAGUGCGCUUCCGAUUGGCCAGUACUUUGAAAGCAACGAAGCAGCUGUAUUUACGGCCAACUGGAUCGUACUGCUGGUUGGACUGGUAAGCACACUGACCAGCUUCUCGGAGAUUCCGCUUCCGGUGCAGGAAGAGGACGAAAUGUUACGACCGGUCACACACUGGAUGUUACAGAACGAGAUGAAACGUAUGCGGGGCGAUGAGUAUGCGGCCCAAACGACGCUUACCGAAAGCAUCGGUUUCCGGCAGUUUAUACGCAACACCGUACAGAUGCCACGCUCGAUGAAGAUCCUUUGUCUGACCCAGUUCCUCUCCCAUAUGGGUUAUUUACCCUACUGUUUAUAUUUUACCGAUUUUGUCGGUGCGGAGGUGUUUAACGGUGACGUACAGGCACCGGAGCAUUCGCCAGCCUUUGUGCGAUAUGAGGAAGGAUUGCGGUUUGCCUGCUGGGGAAUGGCACUUUUUGCCGGCUGUGCCUCACUGUACUCGUUGGUGAUAGAAAAGUUGAUUGAUCGUGUCGGUGCAAGACCCGUCUAUGUCUGUGGCUUGAUGGCACACUGCGUGGGCAUGUUGGCGAUGGGUUUCCUUCGCAACCGUGCCAUUGUGAUGUUGUGCUGUUCCCUAACCGGUAUAAUGUACGCCACCAUUUACUCCAUACCGUUUCUGUUGAUAUCGCAUUAUCACUCGAAAAACUCGUUUCACAUGGAAGAUGGCAAGUGUGUGGAAAGUAGCGAACCAAGAGGUUUCGGAGCAGACGUGUCGAUGAUGAGCAGCGUCCUAUGCCUUGCCCAGCUAAUCGUUUCACUAGUGAUGGGUGUUCUAAUCGAUGCAGCCGGUACGACGGUCGUGAUCACAUUCGUCGCCGGUGGUUGUGCCUUUCUAGCUGCUGUAUCAGCAAUGGCGGUACUGUAUAUGGGUUUGUGAAUACAUUUUCCCACCGGGAUCCACCCGAAAAGCCAUUCCACCUUCUUCGCCGUUGGCUUAACUUUAUAAAGCUGCGAUAUUCAAUUGAGCUGACGGUCCGAUUGUAGUACGGACUGGUUCUAAUUGGUGCCGCUCGUUUUGCCUGUGUGUUUUGCAAUGGUGGAUGAAUCUUCAAUCCAUGUAGCACGUUCGUACACAUGUGUACAAUCCAUUACGGUAAGGGUGUUUGGAAGGAACGAGCGCAAGAUAGCAAUUUAAUUGACGAUGCCGUUGGUCUCCCCCUCCCAUCUCGUUUCCGUUCUGCAACGAGUUAAUAAAGUUGUCUACAAUCGAGCCGUGCGAGCAUCGUGCGGCAGCUGGCAGCCAUGGAAAUGUGACAUCAAUUAUGGGAUAAAACUAAGACGCAGGGUAUACCGUCAUACCAAUGAUUGAUCGUACAUGGGUUUGUCGUAAUUAAAUGAUAAAGUUUUUCGUGCUGUACCGAUACAACGAUGCUAAGAUGUAGAAAGCGAAUGGUGAACAGCGAACAGAAAAGCAGUUGGGUUUGGGGGUGUGCGAGAAAGAGCAGACACUUGUGAUAGAAUAUGUAUAUUGAGGUAGUUACGUAGAAUUGUAAGAAUUUUUAUUCCCAUACACACACAUAGUUAGUGGUGCGUAUCUAAUUGAGAAUGUUCUAUAACUUGUUUGCUGGUGCUGCAGUACAUAACAGAUUCUUAAUGAGUACACAUGACAAUUUGUUUUUUUUGUUAUCUUGCCGUAGUUUAAUGCAGGGUUUGCAGGUUAAAGUGAUAAAUUUGAUUGGCCAUUUCUGUCAUGUUCAAUUUUAAUAGCAUAUUUUGUGUGCGUAUCAGUGUAGAGAAGCAAGCUUUGAUCGGAAUCGUCUUUGGCACAAAAUCCACACACUGAGACAGAUACCAGAUCCAUCUCGAAAUAUUCUAGUUUAGCUUAACCAGAUUUAGCAUUGGUUCCAACCUUGCCAAUGUAGUACUCGAGGAAGCUAUGAAAGAAGUACACUGCCUGUUGUAAUUUUUAGUACCUAUAUCUUUGUAAUAAACAUUAAUUAAACUGCACAUUCACAAUAAAAAGAUGCAUUAAAUUCAAUAUUAA